UGUAUAGAAGUAAGAAUGUCUAUGAAACGAUUCGGAAAAGCAGCAUAUCGAAUCGCAAAUGAGUUAGUUGCAAAAGGUGGACGACUACCAAUUUUCCAACGCUUCCUGCCGAGAAUAUUUCCCGCCACUUAUAAUUUAGGAGUUCAUGUCGUACUCAAAAAGGCUCCAUUUCCACGACAAAAUGCUCUACGAAUUGCUCGCCUUGUAACUCGCCACGGUCGAGUUUUCCGGCCAUUUUCCUCAGUAAUAAUCGAAAGACAUCGAUUUCAAAAUCAAAAUGAUUGGCGUCGAAAGUUUCAACCGAUUCGUAAAGAAUUGCCAAGAAAUGUGGAUUUAGUCGAACGAAUCAGGCAGAUAUUUGGCAAUUCUCUACGAUACAAUGAGGAUUUGAAAAGCACUGAAUGGCCGAAUAGAAUUGAUUCUUAUGAGUUUGGGGAAUUUCUCGGUCAAGGAUGCAAUGCAGCAGUUUACUCUGCGAGAUUAGCCAAUUCUGAUGCAGAAUCCUCAGGGAAUACUCACUAUGGUGCAGGGUUUAAUGAAGUCACAAAUAUACUUGCAGAAAUUCCGCCAGUUAGCAAAGUUGCACAAAAGAAAUUCCCGUUGGCAAUCAAAUUAAUGUUUAAUUUUGAACAUGAUCGCGAUGGAGAUGCUCAUCUCUUGAAAUCAAUGGGAAAUGAAUUGGCUCCAUAUCCGAAUGCUGCAAAGUUGCUCAAUGGACAAAUGGGAACAUUUAGACCUCUUCCAGCAAAACAUCCAAAUGUUGUUCGAAUUCAGACAGCUUUUAUUGAUUCGUUAAAAGUUUUGCCAGAUGCGAUUGAACGAUAUCCAGAUGCCCUUCACACUGCACGUUGGUAUGAGUCAAUUGCCUCCGAACCGAAAACAAUGUACGUAGUAAUGAGACGAUACCGACAAACACUUCAUGAAUAUGUAUGGACUCGUCAUCGAAAUUAUUGGACAGGACGAGUGAUAAUUGCUCAACUAUUAGAAGCAUGUACAUAUCUUCAUAAGCAUAAAGUUGCUCAGCGAGACAUGAAAAGUGAUAAUAUUCUUCUGGAAUAUGAUUUUGACGACGAGAUUCCCCAAUUAGUUGUCGCCGAUUUUGGAUGUGCACUUGCAUGUGACAAUUGGCAAGUAGACUAUGAAUCAGAUGAAGUUAGUCUUGGAGGAAAUGCCAAGACAAAAGCACCAGAAAUUGCGACGGCUGUUCCUGGAAAGAAUGUAAAAGUAAACUUCGAAAUGGCAGAUACAUGGGCAGCUGGAGGCCUUUCUUAUGAAGUUCUAACACGAUCAAAUCCAUUCUACAAACUUCUUGAUACUGCAACAUACCAGGAAUCAGAACUACCAGCACUCCCAUCUCGUGUCAAUUUUGUGGCACGAGAUGUCAUUUUUGACCUACUCAAGCGAGAUCCUAAUGAAAGAGUCAAGCCGAAUAUUGCUGCAAAUGCGUUGAAUUUGUCAUUGUUCAGAAUGGGAGAAGAUGUGAAGCAGAUGAUGGAAAAAUGUGGAAUAUCUCAAAUGACUACUCUAUUGGCUGGAAGUUCUAAAGUUUUGAGUCAAAAAAUCAAUAGUCGUCUGGACAAAGUGAUGAAUCUGAUUACUGCUGAAACUAUCAUGGCCAACCUAGCUCCACAUUUGAUUAGUCGAGCAGAACGACAACUUCGAGCAACAUUUCUUUCAAGAAUGAAUCGAGAAGAUAUUUGGAGAAGUCUUCAAUAUUUCUUCCCAGCUGGUGUUCAACUUGACACACCUGCCACAUCAUCAGACUGUUUGGAGACUAUUUCCAGUUUGAUGUCGAGUUUUUCAAAUGAUUCAGAAAAUUACGAGAAGCAACAGAAACCGGCUAAAAAUGGAUACAACAAUGUUCCACUUCUUCUCAGAAAUGUUAUCCGUACAGAUGCGGAUGGAAUCAAUGGAAUUGUACAUAGAGUUCGAUCUAAAUAGAUUUGUUUUAACGAUUACUGUAGUUUGAAACCUCUAGAUUACAUAUGUAAUAACCUUUUUUUUUUACUUGUUGGUAUUUUUCAAAUUGUACAAUCACUUUUCAUGCCAGUCUAUUGCGUUCUUUUGUCUAAUUACGGUUUAUCAUUCCCUCAUUUAUGGAAAAUAUCAUACCUU